AUGGUACAUUCCAAACGACGGAAGAUUGAGAAUCAAUAUGCAGAUGAAGACAUUCCCCAUUAUGGACCUGAUUCUUCAUUUUUCAAAAUGGAGAAUCAUCAGGUUGAUGGUGAUGUCUCAAUUGAUAAAGGGAAAAAAGUAGGAUUAGAGUCUGAUGAAUCAGACAGUGAAUACCAAUCUGAUUGUGAAUCUAGUGAGUAUGAUAUGUUGGUUGAAAGUGAUUAUGAAAGUGAGUAUGAUGACAUGUUGUAUGAUAGUUAUGUUGAUAAUGAAGCUGAAUGGACUGAUUUGAAUAAUAAUAGGCAGAAAGAAACAACAACAAACAAAAUGCAACAGUUAGAACUCAGUGAUACAUAUGGUGAUUCUGAGGAGAUUUUAAGCUGCUACAGUUCAUUUGAUGGAGAGAAUCAUGCAAGAAAACAUAAAAAAUUUGAAGUAUUUAGGACAGAAAAUGAUGAGAAAGACCCAUAUUUUAAACUAGAAGGAAACCAAGCUGAAAGGAGCCAAAUUGGGGGAAACCAAGCUAUUGUGAACCAAGGUGGAGGCAGCCAACUACUGUUAGCCAAGGCGGAGGGAAUCAAGCUAUUUCUCUAUAUAGCUUCAAGGUUCAACCAUUGGUUCACCAUCAACUACUAG